AUGCGAAACCUCAAGACAAUCGCAUAUCAUGAAACAAGACUAGAUCCAAAGGUGUCAUCACGAACAUUGCCCUUGACAGCAACCGCAUGGGAUACAGCAAACGACACUGUGAUUUGUGCCUUUGGGCCUACUCCGACUCAACCUGUAAUUGAAUUGAAGCGGCGAAGGUCAAAUCUUGCGGCCUCCGAGGAAGCCUUCAUUGACAUCACAUCAUGGGAUGCUCCUUGUCCUCUGCCAGAUCUUGAAUCUGACGAAAUUUUACUUCUUCAACAUUUCUCUGAUGCCGCCACUUCUUGCCUUGUCCUGGCUGGCGGAGAUGUCAUUGUGGUCCGAGAAGAACCUUUGCCAGAUCAAGAAAAGAUUGAAAUUGUGGGAAGUGUCGAUGUAGGAAUAUGUGCUGCGACGUGGGCCCCGGAUGAGGAACUACUCGCCAUUGUCACUCGAGCAGACACUUUGGUGUUGAUGAGUCGAACUUUCGAGCCACUGAACGAAGCCACACUUUCCGCCGAUGAUCUCAAGGCUUCAAAGCAUGUCUCUGUUGGCUGGGGAAAGAAGGAGACACAGUUCCAGGGAAAGCGGGCCAAAGCCAUGCGAGAUCCCACGAUGCCAGAGAGGGUCGACGAGGGUUUACCAAGUCCCCAUGAGGAUGGCAAAGUCACUGUGAGUUGGCGAGGCGAUGGCCAGUAUUUCGCGAUAAAUAGUGUGGUCCAUGAUCAUCGCCGAGUGAUCAGAGUUUUCAGCCGUGAGGCUGUAUUGGACAGCGCCAGUGAGCCGGUCGACGGUCUGGAAUCCGCACUGAGUUGGAAACCCUCAGGCAAUCUCAUCGCCGGGAUAAAACGCUCAGAAACUCAGAUCGAGGUUGUUUUCUUCGAGAGAAAUGGUCUUCGUCAUGGCCAAUUUGAUCUUAGAACUACACAGGAGGACAUGGCAACGUGGGCUUCCAGCAUCUCCCUUGACUGGAAUACCGACUCAACCGUACUGGCACUUUCAUUCAAGGACAGGAUACAAUUCUGGACGGUAGGAAACUACCAUUACUACCUCAAGCAAGAGAUAUUUCUUCCGUCUCUCCUCCUUGGCAAAAUACCACUGAGAUGGCAUCCUGAAACGCCAUUGAGGACCACCUUCGCUGAACAAUCCUCGAUUCUAGACCUCACUUUUCAUUUCUCAACAUCGAUUGGCAGUACUAUUCCGCCAAAUGACCACGGAAUCGUGGCAGUCAUCGAUGGGCGAACACUUAAGAUCACUCCAUUCAAACAAGCAGGCAUACCUCCUCCGAUGGCCUUCUGCGAAGUCAACUUCGACUACAGUAUUACUGACUGUGCGAUUAGCCGUGACGGUCAGUGGCUUGCCGUCUUGACCACUCAUACUCUCGAAUUCUGUAAAUGGGCUGUUCGCACCGUAAAAGACACCAAGAGCAGUAAGGCUACCACCAAAUUCAUGCCCAAAAUGCAGAGCUAUUCGCUUCUAUUGCCGGGAGUCAGCACCUCAACAAACACACAUCUCCGGUAUACCCAGGUUGCUCUGAAAGGGACUGAGGUAUACAUUCUUGCUCCCCAUCAAGGUGCAACCAGCACGGUCAUACGUAAAGCAGCGUGGUACGAUAGUGUGCCGUUCGCCUCCUUCGAUGAAUCUUACCCUGGGAGUGACGUGAUCGUGUCAGAGGCAAACGACAGCAUCCUUGUCGAUACUGCACAUGAAGCUGUCUUCGUCACCAACUCGACAGCAUCGUUGACGCAAACUCUCUACCUGCCCUCGGUGCUAGACCAUAUGCGUCUUGCACUUCCAGGAGCCCAGCCCAACAGCACACUCUUCAGGCUUCCCGACAACUCAGACCUGCCAUAUUCCAAGGUCUCCCUAUCACCUCAAGGCACAUUCUACGCGGACAAGACACUUCUCGCACGAGACUGCACAUCCUUCAUCGUGACCGACGCACAUCUAAUCUUCACCACGGCGCAGCACCUCCUCAAAUUUGUGCACCUGACGAAUCCUACACAAAUGCAAGUACCUGGCGAUACGCCCGAAGUGGACGAACGAUGCCGGAGCAUCGAACGAGGGGCGCGAAUCAUCACGGUGAUUCCAUCAAUCUACGCCGUGGUAUUGCAAAUGCCUCGUGGGAACCUGGAGACCAUCUACCCCCGCGUGCUAGUCGUCUCGGGUAUUCGCCAGCUCAUUAGGCUGGGUGACUACUUGGCAGCCUUCCUGGCAUGCCAGACGCACCAGGUCGAUCUGAAUAUCCUGCACGAUUACGACCCAGAAAUGUUCCUUUCUCAAAUCGCCACGUUCAUCGAUCAAUUAAAGAAACCCAGUCGUGUAGAUGAAUUCCUGUCGAAGCUUAAAGACGAGGACGUCACGGAUACUCUAUAUCGAGAUACACUCAAGAAAAGCCCUACAGCAGGGCUCCCUGCUCCUGCUGAUCAAACACAAAGACAAGUCGCUGAGAAGAGAACCAGCAAAGUCAACCGCAUCGCCGACGCCUUCAUCUCCAUCCUCAGCACCAAAGCAUCGUUAUCGCCAAACAGUGCCAACAACACCAACCACCUCCAAAACCUCAUCACGGCACAUGUCAGCAAGCGACCCGCUGACCUGGACGCCGCAUUGACACUAAUCUCGACGCUCCUAAAAACAUCCCCGUCAGAAGCCGACGCCGCAAUCUCACACCUUUGCUUUCUAACCCCAGACACCAACCGACUAUUCGACGCCGCACUAGCACUCUACGACUUGCAACUGACACUGCUUGUGGCGCAGAGUGCGCAGCGCGAUCCGAGGGAAUACAUGCCGUUCCUGGAGUCGCUGUCCACCCUGUCGGAGCUCCGGCGGCGGUACCAGAUCGACAACCAUCUGAGACGGUAUGCAAAGGCGCUCGCCUCGCUGCACGCAAUAGGGCUCAACGAUAAAAGUGGGGUGAAAGAAUGCGACGCCGACGUCCACGAGGAAGCUGAGAAAUAUACUGUGCGUCACGGACUGUACACGGAGGCCAUGGGACUGUACCGAUACGAUGUGGUGCACCUGGCGCGGAUCACACGGCUGUACGCUGAGCAUCUGGCAGGGCAGGAGUCCAAGCACAGUGCAGCGGCCACACUGUUCGAGUCCCUGGGCGACCACGCGGCAGCAUAUCCGCUGUACGCACUGGCACACCGCUGGCGGGAAGCACUAUCGUGCGCGAGCCUGGUGGAGCCGGCACUCGACAGGGGCCGGCUCAGGAAUCUCGCCACAUCACUCGCAACGACCUGCGCCGACGAGUCGCGCGACUAUCGCUCCGCAGCAAGCAUCCACGCCGAGUACCUCUCAGACAUCCCCGGGGCGGCGCUUCUGCUAUGCCGCGGCUCGUACUUUGCGGACGCGCUGCGCCUGCUCUCGCUGCAUCGGCUCAAAGAUCAGAUCCCCAUGAUCGUUGACGGCGGGUUGACGGAGAAAUUCGGCGAGAUCCUCGAGCUCGUGGCCGACUGCAAGACCCAGCUGGCGUCGCAGGUGCCGCGGAUCCACGAGCUGCGGCGGAAGAAGAAGGAGGAUCCACUGGCCUUCUAUGGCGGCGAUCCUUCGUCUAUGCUUGAUGGUGUAGAUAUUCCGGAUAAUGUCUCACUGGCGCCGACGAAUGCGACUACGCAAGGCGGCCAGAGUCUGUUCACGCGGUACGGAUCGAAUGCAAGUAAGUUUGGCGGCACUGUUGCCUCAAAUGUGUCGCGGAAGACGUCAAAGACUAAGAGACGAGAGGAGAGAAAACGUGCGCGAGGGAAGAAGGAUAGUGUCUACGAGGAAGAAUACCUUGUUGCGAGCGUGCAGCGGUUGAUUCAGAGGGUCAACGGCAUCCAUGAAGAGGUCGGUCGAUUGGUCAGUGGUCUGUUGAGGCGAGGGUUGAGAGAUCAAGCUGAAAAAGUGGAUGAGGUCCUGCGAGAGAUUACCAAGCUGUGUGAGAGAGCGAGGGUCGAUGUUUGGGAGGUCAAGGAAGAAGCCACCGUGGUAAUUGAGAGUAAGGGCUCAUACGAUGUUAAUGGGGAAGGCAGACCAUCCGGAGCGGAUGGCAUCUUGUGGGACAGCCAACAUCAGUCGCAGGAGAAGAGAGAAGCCCCUGAUGUCACUGCCUGGGCAUCGAAUGAGCUCUUGUAA